CGGAGGCGGGGAGACGGCCGUGUCGGAGGCGAGUGGUGCGACAGUCGGAGUGCGACGUGCGAGCAUCAUGCUGGUCCAUUCUCUUCAAGCAGGACAAAGAGGACAGCUGGCGUGGUGAAAAAGGAUCAGGACGCUGGGCGGCUCGCCAGGGAAUAAUCAUCACGGCGCGGGGGAGGGGGAGGGGGGAUCACCUCACGCCACGCUUGAGCGAUGUUCCGCGGGAAUCUCUGUCUCGUUCCAGAGGCUCGCUGAGGGACUAAUGGAGGGACUCGGCGGCUUGUCAUGCUUGAAUGGCAGCUGGGAACAAGCGCCGGAGUCCCAGACCUUCUUGGUGACCGCUGCCAGAUCCACUGUGGGGUAACGUGGCGGAGCGAAGAGCCCCCAUAGCCUCCCCCGACCCCGUCUUCCCUUGUUGGCGCCUCUCCUUGAAGCGGUCUUCUGUGGCCUAAAUGAUCUCCUGGACUUCUUCGCUGCUCCGCCGUCGCCUCUUGGGCUCCUCCAUAUUUCCUGCUGACGAGCAUGUUCCAUCGCUGGGUUUGAUCCUUCUGUCACCCCCGCCCUCCUCCCAGUCUCCUGCCCUCUGACCCUCUUGUUUUCUUGGCCCCCUGUCCUUGGUGGCCCUCCCCGAACCCAUUCCCCCCCCUAUGACCAUGUUGCCAUGUGUCUGCUGGCUCCAGCCUAUCCUCAUGGUGCUGACCUCUGUCUUCUGGACCCGGGGGGAGAACUGUCCUGCGACGUGCUUGUGCCCGGACCCCCACACGGUGGACUGCAGCGGCCGCGGGCUGACCCACCUCCCCAAUGAGAUCCCCCUGGAUGUGCGCAGGCUCCUGCUGGCCGACAACUGGAUACCCCGCAUCCCCUCCGACUUCCUGGUUCUGUACAGUGACUUGGUCUACCUUGACCUCCGGAACAACACCCUCUCCUAUAUCGAACCGGGGACUCUCAGCACCUCCUCCAGGCUGGUCUUCCUGGAUCUGGGCAGCAACAACUUGACGGAAAUCCCCAAGGGGACGUUCGGGGAGUCCCGCAGUCUGAUCAAGCUCCGCCUCGGCAACAAUCCCUACCUGAGUAUAGUGAGCGAGGACGCUUUCCUGGGCCUCACCUCGCUCCGGGAGCUGGAACUGGAGCGGAAUGCGCUGUCCACCCUGCAGGUGGGGGCCCUGAAUCAGCUGCCCUCCUUGAGGGUGGUGAGGCUGGAGGGUAACCCCUGGGUGUGCAACUGCAACUUUACCAACCUCUUUGCGUGGCUGAUGGAGAACAGUCACAAGCUUCCCAACGGAGUGGACGGCAUGGAGUGCUCCCUGCCCAUGGACGGCCGGCGGGUGUCCCUGACCCAGCUCUCCAAGGACAGCUUCCGCGAGUGCCAGGCCAGCCUGACCCUCACAGACCUGCUCAUCAUCAUCUUCUCUGGCAUCUCCGUGUCCGUGGUGGCCAUCAUGACCAGCUUCUUCCUGGCCUCCACCGUCCACUGCUUCCAGCGCUGGAGUAAAGGCUCCAAGGGCGACGAGGAGGAGAGCGAGGAGUGACCGGGGCUCCUCUGACCCUCGGCAAGACUCCACGGGGGCCACAGUGACGCUGCUUUCUCCCUCCUCAACGCCCAGGACUGAGCUUUUCUUUGCACACGGGCAACUCAUUAUGGUGUGGUAUACAGUACCUACGGUAGCGGGUGAUGCCUCGCUCCACCCAACAGGCUCUCCCAUCUCAAACAUAGCUAGGCUAGCACUUUGCAUAGAAGGUGCAGGGAACAACAUAGCACUUCCACAAUGUUCACACUUGUAGCUCGUACACCCUUGCACUGACCUUCUCUAGAACCGCACCUAAAAGCACAACAAAGGGUGUGACGGUACACCAUCAUCGCGUUUUGCUACUUGCAACUUUUUUGCUUCAUUUUUGGUACAGUAAGUGUAAAUCAUGCAAAACAUAAAACUUUGUAGCUUUUAAUGAUAUACUGAUAUACUAUAUAUAAAAAAUAUAUAUAUAUAUACAUAUAAACUGUAUGUAACAUAUAUGUAUAUAUACAGUACAUAUGUAUACAGUAUAUGUGUACAUACAUAUUUAUAUGUAUGUAUGUACAUAUAUAUAUAUAUAUAUAUAUAUAUAUAUAAGAAGGGUGGAGUGCCAUCUCCGGGUUGGGGAGGAGACCCUGCCCCAAGUGGAGGAGUUCAAGUACCUAGGAGUCUUGUUCACGAGUGGGGGAAGAGUGGAUCGUGAGAUCGACAGGCGGAUCGGUGCGGCGUCUUCAGUAAUGCGGACGUUGUACCGAUCCGUUGUGGUGAAGAAGGAGCUGAGCCGGAAGGCAAAGCUCUCAAUUUACCGGUCGAUCUACGUUCCCAUCCUCACCUAUGGUCAUGAGCUUUGGGUCAUGACCGAAAGGAUAAGAUCACGGGUGCAAGCGGCCGAAAUGAGUUUCCUCCGCCGGGUGGCGGGGCUCUCCCUUAGAGAUAGGGUGAGAAGCUCUGCCAUCCGGGAGGAACUCAAAGUAAAGCCGCUGCUCCUCCACAUGGAGAGGAGCCAGAUGAGGUGGUUCGGGCAUCUGGUCAGGAUGCCACCCGAACGCCUCCCUAGGGAUGUGUUUAGGGCACGUCCAGCUGGUAGGAGGCCACGGGGAAGACCCAGGACACGUUGGGAAGACUAUGUCUCCCGGCUGGCCUGGGAACGCCUCGGGAUCCCCCGGGAAGAGCUAGACGAAGUGGCUGGAGAUAGGGAAGUCUGGGCUUCCCUGCUUAGGCUGCUGCCCCCGCGACCCGACCUCGGAUAAGCGGAAGAUGAUGGAUGGAUGGAUGGAUAUAUAUAAGAAAUGCAUCUCAGAACAUCUGGUUGCUUCGGACCAACAAAACACAAAUAUAUAUUAAAUAUUUUAGCGAACGCAUUUAAUAUUGAUAUCGAUUAUAUAUAUUUCAAGUGUUUAUCGUUCCAUCCCUACUAAUAUGUUUUUGUUGUUAUUUGUAAAACAGCGCAGACAAGUGUAAUAGUAACACUUUGGAAUGUCUGAAAUAUUAUUUUCCUCAUUGCCUGAAGUGCAGCACAAAUAUUUCCAGCUCGUAGAUCCGUUCCCGAUGUCUGGUGAACAAUGACGGCACACAUAAACCUGCCUUUGUCUGCCAUACACAAGCAGUCCAUUAAAAAAAAAAAAAGAAGAGGAUUUUGAAGAUUUGCUUUCUUUUUGGCACUAUGGACCCGCAGCUACCUCCUUCAACUGCACUUAUGUUUGCAAAAAAAAAAAAAAGGCUAGUAUGGGGCGGCCAACAAUGUAGCUUAUGAGAUGAUUGUAUUGCGCCCCAAAAAGUACUCCCAAAAACAUCCAAGAAGCACCAAUGACAUUCCAUUGAUCUCCUGGGACCGGCAUACUAACCAAGUGUUAGCCACAUUGUUAUUCUAAGAGCUAGCGCAGAGGAACUACUUUUAGUAACACAGCACCUUGGUCACAAAGGUGACGUAGUGACUGCAGCUAUUGACGCACUGAGCUGAUGCAUCGCCUCUGAAUCGGUAAAAGUCUGAGCUGGAUUAUAAAUCGUGCCUUGCACCUGUACAGUCGAAGGCUGAGCCAUAAACCGAGAAGUUGAUCAAAUUGGAAAUUCAUCUAAACUCUCAGCAUUUUUACCUGAGUGAGCGUUACACUGUGUUCAUCAUCUAGACAAGGAACUCAAGUUGAGUGCUGAAAGAUAUAAACAUCCCAGUCUUUAUCCCAGUGAAAAACAAAAACUAUCACUUACUGCAUAAUGUCUGCUCUCACUGAUAGGAUGUUUAUAUAUUCCCGUUUAGAUGAAGAAUUAAUCAUAAUCCACACAAAGGGUUUAAAAAAACAGUUACCAUGGACCAAAGUAUUUUCGUGUCUUUCCACCUCCAGGAAUAAAUUGGAUGUCACAGAUGAGCAACUUCUCUGUUUAUGGUUCCAACAUUCUACUAUCCAGGUGAGACACAGGCUUUAUAAUUGUGUGAAUGUCCAAACUUCUCACAUAUAAGAUUCCACACCAAAUAAAUAACCUAUUUAUUAUUUGUAUAUUAUUAUUAAUAUUAUUAUCAUAAUUGUGUGAAUGUCCAAACUUCUCACAUAUAAGAUUCCACACCAAAUAAAUAACCUAUUUAUUAUUUGUAUAUUAUUAUUAAUAUUAUUAUUAUAAUUGUGUGAAUGUCCAAACUUCUCACAUAUAAGAUUCCACACCAAAUAAAUAACCUAUUUAUUAUUUGUAUAUUAUUAUUAAUAUUAUUAUUAUAAUUGUGUGAAUGUCCACAGAUUCUCACAUGUAACAUUCUACACCAAAAAGAUUUUUUAUUAUUAUUAUUAUUAUUAUUACUGUGUGAAUGUGCAAACAUUCACACAUAAGAUUCUACACCAAUAAAAUCAUGUAUUUAUUAUUAUUAUUAUUAUCGUGUGAAUGUCUAAGAUUCUACACUAUUGAAAAUGAUCAGCCAUUUUCCCAGCAUGCACAACUCCCACAUUUCUCAGCCGAUUAGAAGCGUUCCACCAUCCACACACUCCACUCACCCCGGACCAUCAAACUACUAUUUUCCAACUUCAAAACACUUCCAGGAAUUCCCAGAAUCCUCUGUUUUUCUAAGCCUUAGUUUCACCCCCUGGCAAGUUUUCACAGGCGACAUUUUUCAACCGUGUUUGACCUUCAAACCUCUUAGCCGGGACGACAAAAGUUAUCAUUUCUUCUUUUGUACAAAUUCCCAGGUUUUACCAAAAUUCAUGGAAAUGCAAAAUAGCCAUUUUCAAUUCAAACGGUUACUAGGUCAACAUGUUUCAACCCUUUUCAGAAAUUCCAACACCAACCCAUUCAUAUCAUCUCGGUCAAUUGUGCUAGUAUCAAUAGUCCUCAAACUCUGUGUUGUUUCCGAGCUUCCCAAAUGUUCAGGAAAUACUCAUGCACUUAUAUGGACGUAGUCAUAGUUUUACAAUGCCCUACAUUCUCCAAAUUUUGCACCAUUUUAAACCUGAUUCUGACCUUUUAAGCAUCCACCCACACUACUCUUCCCAUAUAUCUAACACAAAACAGUUUUUCCUUUCCCAAAAUUCCCAGAAUUUAAGCUCAUUUCCCCCCCAUUGACAAUGAAUAGGAAAUCUACCAGCUAUUGCACAUCCCACAUUUCUCAUCCGAUUCAAAGCAUUCCAACAUCCACUCCCAGCUACAGUAUCUGCGGUCCGGCACAUACGCACCUCAAUCGCAAAUCCUGGUCCAGAAUGAACUUUCGCCAGCUAACAGGCGAUCUAGCAGCUCACCGGCUGAUGACGUCAAUACAGCAGCAUAAGCUAGUUAGGUCGCCGCUAAAAGUAGGUCCUUGACUUUAGUGCUUCCAAUAACAAUAUCGCUGUGACUUGGUUGAUAUUCAGGUCUCGGAAGGUAAAUGGCAUAUUGUUGGAGCUUUGUGGAUGUUCUUUUAAUGGAUUCUAUGGGCGCAAUCCAGGAGUUUCCAUUGACUCCAUUGUUAGCUGACUUUUAGUUCUGUUUAUUUACGAGUUGGAAUGCAUUAAAUGGAAUGGAAUGAACACACGUACCGUCACACCCUUUGUAGCUGCAGAGCGAUCGUGACGUAUUAGGAAAGUCAAAAUACAAAUAAGAAAAUGUGAUGUACUCAUAUGCAGGUCCAGACUAACCGCACCGAGGAACAAACUCCGGGGUAAUGGUGCGAAAGCGUUUUUUUUUGGUUUUUGUUUACCACUCAAUAGAGUCGGAUCGCGGCAUUUUAAGAAGGUUCUACCUUCUCUCAAAAGGACGUCACAGACCAGUGACCCCAGCACUGAUGACAUCAUUGCCACUGUUUGGAGGACGUGUACAGGCAUAUUAGACGAUGUAGUCACACAUAUACGUGCACAAAAACAUAGCAAUCAAGAGAAUAUACUCGACUUUCAUUAGCGUAGACCGACCAAUUAGCUCUGAGCGUAAUCCUCACAAUUAGGGCGAACUAUGUUAUUAAUCAAGAGCGCUUCUGUAGAACUAAAACGGUGAAUUUAAUGAUGUGACGCCCCCAACCACACCAUUCCGUCCUCAUCUGCCAAAGAUCGGGCUCCAGUCAAGACAGCCUUUGGGAUUUGAUUUCAUCUUUUCUUGGAUGUUUUUGAAAUGUUCAUAGUCAGGAAAGCAUAGGUUUUCUUAAUUAGACUGAGAGGAUGAUGAUUCUGACAACGUCAUGAAAUACAUCUCUGAGUCCAUUUAACAGCCCCGUAACCACUCACUUAAUAAAUCCACACUAUUAUCA